CGCUUUCUCACGUCACUGCAGAGAAGCUGACUGGAAGGAGCGAAAAGAAAGAAGUUACUUUCGCAGGCUUUAUUAUCAUCAUCUUCCUCUCCGCGUUGAUCUCUGAUUCAGUCUUCGUUAUGGCGGAGCAAGCUUCUUACGGUGUGGGUCCUCGAUUAGAUUUUCAGCAAUUGCAAUUUGAAGCCCAGCAUCGGUGGUUGCGGCCUGCUGAAAUAUGUGAAAUUCUCCGCAACUAUCAGAUGUUUCAAAUUACUUCAGAACCUCCAAACAGGCCCCCAAGUGGUUCACUUUUUCUGUUUGAUCGGAAGGUGUUGAGAUAUUUUAGAAAGGAUGGACAUAAUUGGAGGAAGAAAAGAGAUGGAAAGACUGUGAAGGAAGCUCAUGAAAAGUUGAAGGUGGGAAGUGUUGAUAUGUUACAUUGCUACUAUGCCCAUGGGGAAGAAAAUGAAAGUUUUCAGAGGCGUAGCUAUUGGAUGCUUGAACAGGACAUGAUGCAUAUAGUUUUUGUCCACUACUUGGAAGUAAAGGGUAACAAAACAAAUAUUGUAGGAAAUACUGAUAGCGAUGAGGUUACAUCAGGAAAUAGCAGAUCUCCAUCCCCAUCUCCAUCAUCUGGUUUUCCUAUUAAUUAUGGUAAUAUGCCUUCAAGAAGCACAGAUGCCAUGAGCCCAACUAGCACUUUAUCUUCCUUAUGUGAAGAUGCUGAUUCAGGUGAUCAUGGACAGCCAUCAGUUUCUGGGUUGAAUUAUAUCCCGCUUGUUGAUGGAGAUAAAACUGGAGGAAGCAAUGCGUCCUUCAUCGAGGGCCAAAAUGUCCAUGGCAUGGCCUCCUGGGACAAUGUCUUGGACCAAUGUACUGCCGGAUUGCAUGCUGAUCCUAAUCUUGCAUCAUUUCCUUCUGUCCCACCCUAUUCAGCUGGGAACAUUCUUGAGCAAGAACCUACUCUGGGUGAUCUUUUAGCAAGUAAGGGUACCCUAGCUGAGGAGGCAGGGAAAUCUCACUCUUUUCAAUCAAAUUGGCAGAUUCCUUUUGAAGACAAUUCAGGACAGUUGCAUAAAUGGCCGAUAGCCCAAUUGUUGAGUUCUGAAUACGGAUCUGAUUUUACCACUGGUUUACUAGAGCAUGAAUCUCAUGAUGCAGGACCUGAAAUUGCUUCUGACCUGUUUACUUUUGAUGGCCAGUCAAGAGAACAACCUUUGCAGGAAAACUUUUCAGAACAGCAUGCAGAUGCGCAAUAUCAAUUUUCUCUGAAACCUUAUUCUGAGAAUGAGAAUGCAUUCACUAUGAAACGCCCAUUAUUAGAGGGAGAUGAUAGCCUGAAGAAAGUUGACAGCUUUUCUCGAUGGGUUAGUAAAGAACUUCCAGAGAUGGAUGAUCUACGUAUGCAAUCCUCACCUGGUAUUUCAUGGAGCACGGAUGAACAUGGGCAAGUUAUAGAUGAUUCUUCAUUGAGUCCCUCCCUCUCUCAUGACCAGCUGUUCAGCAUAUAUGAUUUUUCACCUAAAUGGGCUGAUGCUGAUUCUGAAACAGAGGUUUUUAUCAUUGGAACAUUUUUGAAGAAUCAGCCAGUGGUGGCAAGCUACAACUGGUCCUGUAUGUUUGGUGAAGUUGAAGUUCCUGCUGAGAUUUUAGCUAAUGGAGUUUUGUGUUGUCUUGCUCCACCUCUUAAGGCUGGAAGGUUUCCCUUCUAUGUAACGUGUUCCAAUAGGUUAGCUUGCAGUGAAGUAAGGGAAUUUGAUUACAGAGAGGGCUUUGCUAAAGAUGUAGAAGUUGAAGUUAUUUACAGCAGUUCAUUUGACAUGCUGCUUUACUUGCGAUUGGAAGCUUUACUUUCUUUAAAAUCAGUUCACCCUCCAAAUGAGAAGUCAUUUGAUAGUGAUACAGAGAAAAGAAGCAUGAUUUAUAAGCUUGUUUCAUUGAAGGAAGAGGAGGAGUAUUUAAAUAAGGAAGGGACAACUUCAGUUAUGGACUUGUCCCAGCAGAAGGUAAAGGAACAGCAAUUUUUCAGACAAGUGAAAGAGAAGCUGUACUCAUGGCUACUUCACAAAGUAGCUGAAGAUGGUAAAGGGCCAAAUGUAUUGGAUGAGGAGGGACAGGGUGUGCUACAUCUAUCAGCUGCUCUUGGUUAUGAUUGGGCCAUAGCACCAAUUAUUAUUUCUGGAGUUAAUAUCAAUUUCCGGGACAUAAAUGGAUGGACAGCUCUGCAUUGGGCUGCCUCUUGUGGCAGAGAACGGACAGUUGCUCUCCUUGUCAUCAUGGGUGCAAACCCUGGAUUAGUGACCGACCCAUGUCCAGAAUUUCCGUUGGGUAGAACACCUGCAGAUCUUGCUUCUAGUAAUGGACACAAGGGAAUUUCAGGCUUUGUUGCAGAGUCUUCAUUAACUAGCCACCUUGCGUCUCUCACAAUGGAUGACCAAAAGGGAGAUGGUGGUCAAGAAGUUUCAGGAAUGAAAGCAGUACAUACUGUUUCAGAACGUUCUGUAACACCUUUGUUUUAUGGUGAUAUAUCAGAUGCCCUAUGCCUUAAGGAUUCUCUCACCGCUGUACAUAAUGCUACACAAGCAGCUGACCGUAUACAUCAAGUAUUUAGAAUGCAGUCAUUCCAAAGGAAGCAGUUAACUGAGUAUGAGGAUGAUGAGUUUGGAUUGUCAGAUCCGCGAGCUCUCUCUCUUCUAGCUAGAAAGGCAAACAAGGCCAGACAGGGAGAUGGGUUAGCCCAUGCUGCGGCAACACAAAUACAAAAGAAGUUUCGUGGCUGGAAGAAGAGAAAAGAGUUCCUAAUAAUUCGUCAAAGAAUUGUUAAAAUCCAGGCUCAUGUAAGAGGGCACCAGGUAAGGAAGCAGUACAAGUCAAUUAUCUGGUCCGUAGGAAUCCUGGAGAAGGUCAUAUUGCGAUGGAGACGCAAGGGCAGUGGCUUACGUGGAUUUCGACCUGAUGCUGCUAACAAGGAAACCAACCAACCAAGUGAACCUUUGAAAGAGGAUGAGUAUGAUUUUCUCAAGGAAGGUAGGAAACAAAGUGAGGAAAGGUUCCAGAAGGCCCUUUCGAGGGUAAAGUCCAUGGUUCAGUAUCCCGAAGCUCGGGCUCAAUAUCGACGGCUGCUAAACGUUGUCGAGGACUUCCGUCAAACUAAGGCAUGCAAUAUGGACUUGAGCAAUUCGGAAGAGACUGUUGAUGGUGUGGAGCAGCUUAUUGAUAUUGACAUGCUUUUAGAUGAUAAUUUCAUACCUAUAGCAUUUGAUUGAUUCACAGCCGCCUUGGCUGCUCUGAUCCUCCCCUCUGUAAAUAGAUGGCUAUAUGGCUGUAUUUGGCAUUGGGGAAGUCUUAAAUCCUAACAUGGUAUGUGGUCUUGCUGUAUAUAUGCCUAAUCUUUAUUUAUUUGGAUCCAAAGCUAGCACACAAAUUCAGGUUUGACAGCUAAAUGUAAUUUCAUGUGACAUGGUUUGUUCUUUGUA